UUUGUGCUGUUUGGUUUGGGUUUUGGUAGAUACAAGAUACAAGAAGAAGGAAUUAUUAUAACUUGCGAUUUCAAAGAUUUCGUUUUCAGUUUUAGUGUGUGCCGACCAGUUUAAGUCGACGGCCACAGUCAUCAAGAAGUUCAAAGAUAGAUAGUGAAACCUUUUCACUUAUUCGCUCGGCAUUUUAGCGGAAAAAUUUAUUUUAAGAAAUUACAUUUUAGUGUCUACUGCUAUCCGUUUCCGAUAUUUGUAAAAAUAAUCCGUGUGUUUAGUUAAAUUUUCUUAUUUGGUGUUUAUUUCUGCUGGAAAAGCACAACCGUGCGGAAAUCCAAUCUGGCGACUUGCAUUACUUUUACUUUUUUCUCGUUUCACAUCGUGGGUAUCUGAGAUUUUGUAAUACUGGACUGAAUGUUCCGUUUUGUAGCGUGUGUGUGAUCGAUUCGCUCGUGAUUUUGUUGUUAAUGUGACUGGAAUUAUCGCAUAUUUUUGAACUUCACAAGCUAAUAAGUAUUAUAAAUAUAUUGACACUCAUUAUCGUGCCCCUUUGCUGAUAACGAGAAUCUCAUCUAAGCACACUUGAAUGUUUCUAAGUAUAUUUAUGUGCCUCAUCUGUUCCAUUGAAAUUGGCUGAUCAAAUUUUUGAUCCGAUUCAAAUACCUGACCCGAUUUGUGCAUUUUCGGCCAAUCCACUUUUAAUUCUAACAUUUAAUGGGAAAUAUAUGAAACAAGAAGUAUUGUCCAUUGCACCUAUAAGUCAACGAUACUGCUUUUGUUGUGUUCGUAAGAGAAAGUGAAUUUGUAAUAUAAUAAUACUACUCACGAUCAGCCUCGUACGCGAUUCCGAGCAUACAAACUCUUAUGGUUAUCCGAUGCAUACUACGAAAAUAAAAGUGAGCGUGUAUUUUCUGCAAUAAGUUGAGUGAGCUAAAACAAAAUCGCGGAAGAGACAUAAGUAAAUAAUAACAAUUUACUAUGCAUGGAAAAACCAGAAGAAAAACUAUCAUGAUCAGUGAAUAAUACAAUUAUUGGCGACUCGCGUUGCUUUUCCCACAUGUAUGUACUAUAAGAACUGUAUCGAUCUAAUUAAAUUUGAAUUUCGCGCGCUUGCGGACACCUUAUGUUAGUAUAUGCAGCACUAUCGGAACUAUCUUUUCUCCGUGUAUCUUGGUUUGUGAUCAGAUCGGUCGUUACGUUUUGAUGCUGUAAUCAAAAGUGUAACAAUUUCAACGACCAGUGAACGUGAACGUAUCGAUAAAAUCGAUUUUGUGUGAUUUAUGUGUAUCCAUAAAAUAUGUUGUUAGUGGUGACGUGAUUAACACUGCCGUUUUCUCAUUUCACCAAGAGCCACAUUAUCAAUAUGAUUAUGAGAUAGAAAUGGGAUUAAGAUAGCUCUACAAGGAAAUAUAAUGAAAAGUGCAUAUCAUCUGCAGACAAAUCUCUAGAAAUUGGAUAAACACGUGCAUACUUUGAAAAUUAUAGUGAAAGAGUGUAGAAUUUUUUUCCGAACGGCCAAUUUUAAUUGGGAUUAAGUGGAUUGAAGUGAGGCGGAGCAACUAUCGAAUCUUUGGAAUAACUAUAAAUGCAGGCUUAGGAUAGUAAUUAAUUGUAGUAGCUGAUUUAAAGAUUUUGGAUAUUUUACAAGAUGAGAGUGUUUGCAAUAUAUUUAGCAUCAUGCAGCUUGUUUUGUACUUGCCUAGCACUGCCAGAGGUUCACAAUCAGAUGACCGUCGACGAACUCAAAUCAGUAUUUCAUGUUGAAGAUCACAAUUCUGUGCCCGACUAUCAACUUGUACAACUCAACCAUCAUGGCGUAUUGCAUUCGGUCCAUAAACGAAGCAUCAACACUUUAGACGAUGUCAACACGAAAGAAUCGCAUCAUGUGAAGAAGGAUUUAAGUAAAUCACCAUAUUAUAGUGAAUUAAAGUUGAGCCUAACGCAACACGGUGAAAAUAGUUUAAGUGAUAAAAAUUUCAGUGAAAAAUUGAAAAAUCUAGAUCUAAGUCAGAUCAAAGAGCAUAAUGUUUCGUUCAGUGCGUUUGGUGAUGUGUUAAACUUAACCUUGAAACCGGCGGAAGGAUUAUUCAAAGAUGGGCCCAAGUCACUACGCAUGUGGACCGUCAGGAGUGAGCCAAAUGCUACGCAGGGCGUGCAGUAUGAGGAAGUUUAUGAUGAGACAGAAAAUCCUGAACAUGUUGGUGAAGUGUUUCAAGACGAAAAAAAUAUGGCUGCGAUUUUAAUGCGACGGCAAGUCGAAUCUGGAGAUCUUGUAAUGGAAGGUAGCAUAGGCCAUGAACUGGUUAUCAAACCGCUCCCAAAAAACCUUAGCCCGGACGAUGGUGUUCAUCAUGUGAUAUAUAAGAGAACCGUUGAUGCUAACGAUCAAUUUAGUGAUUUUGCAUUCAUGGAACCAGAUCGUUUGGAGAAGCGUUAUCGCGAGCGAAGAUCAGCGACCGCGACACAACAAGAAGAGGAGCAACUCACGUCGUCAUUGACCGACGACUACGAUCAAGACGAUGACAAGGGCACAACACCAUUGAAGAGGAAGGAGAGGAGGUCAAAACGUGAAGCCCCGUAUAUCAUCUACCCGGAAAUAUUGGUGAUAGUUGAUUAUGAUGGCUACAGACUUCAUGGCGGUGAUAAUCUUCAGGUGAAAAGAUACUUUGUUUCAUUUUGGAAUGGAGUUGAUCUCAGGUACAGGUUGCUGAAAGGGCCGAGGAUACGAAUAAGUAUAGCUGGUAUCAUUAUCUCAAGAGGAAGAGAUGCAACACCAUAUCUAGAACGAAAUCGUGUCGGACGAGAUGCAAUCGAUUCGGCUGCAGCUCUAACAGAUAUGGGUAAAUAUCUGUUUCGCGAAAGACGGCUACCAGUGUAUGAUAUAGCAGUUGCAAUCACAAAAUUAGAUAUGUGCAGACGACUACAGCAAUAUGGUGAAUGUAAACGUGGUACAGCAGGAUUUGCAUACGUUGGUGGUGCUUGUGUUGUAAAUAAGCGAUUAGAAAAGGUUAACAGUGUUGCAAUUAUCGAAGAUACUGGUGGAUUCAGUGGAAUUAUUGUUGCUGCUCACGAAGUUGGACACUUAUUGGGCGCUGUUCAUGAUGGGUCACCGCCACCAAGUUAUUUAGGAGGUCCUGGUGCUGAAAAAUGUCGAUGGGAAGAUGGUUACAUUAUGUCAGAUUUAAGACAUACUGAACGAGGUUUUAGAUGGUCACCUUGUACGGUACAAAGUUUUCAUCAUUUUUUAAAUGGUGAUACCGCCAGCUGCCUCCAUAAUGCCCCACAUGAAGAUGAAGCGCUAGGAAGAGCAAUGCCAGGAACACUACUUUCAUUAGAUGCACAAUGUCGACGAGAUCGAGGAACAUAUGCAUGCUUUAAAGAUGAUCGAGUGUGUGCACAGCUAUUCUGUUUCGAUUCGCUAACAGGAUAUUGCGUAGCAUAUAGGCCGGCCGCUGAAGGUUCUUCUUGUGGUAAUGGAUUGCAUUGCUUAGAUGGUCGAUGUGUAGCCCAACCGCAACAACAGAACGCCAUUCCAAACUACACACAAGAUGGAGGUUUCUCGAAUCUGUAUCGUCCGGUUUUCAACGAUGAAUAUGAUGAUAUUGAAGAUACGACAAUAGUAGCGCCGCCAUCAACAGCUGCACCACUAAAGUAUAAAAAGCGGAUCUAUUAUAGAUCAACUACACAACAGACACCAUCGUCAUCAACGUCUGAUAGGUCUUUUGAUGAAUACUUAAAUAGUUUCCCCAUGGCAACGGAUAUCCCUUCAGAUCCUCCUAAACCAGAAAAUUCUCUAGAUAGCAAAAAACCUCGUUACACAACAACUACCACAGCAACAACAGCUAUAACUACAACAACAGCAAAACCUCCAACUAGUAUUAAUCCUUUCUAUUUUGGUUUUUCAAAAUUUACUACCAAUACCAAUAAGCCACAACCACAGACACAACAUAUUAACAAUAGAUCCCAACAAUCAUCAAUUGGUUCAACAAUGAUCCCAUCAAUUAGUUUAUCAUAUUCAAACAACAAUAAUAAUAGAAGUAACACUCAGAUGAACACAAAUACAGUGAAUAGCAAUUUCAACAACAUACCAACAACGAAAUUGACUAGUACAACGUUCAGACCUACUACCAGUAUCACCACGACAUCAAAAUACAACUUGAGCAAACAAAAAUUUGGUACGCCCACACCUGAAGAACUGUUUUUCAAUUCGUACUUGAAGAAACUGAAGACGACAACACGAAAUCCUUAUAAUUUCGAUAAUUUAGCAGAAUACUAUAAAACGACGCCAACUAGUGCACCGCUUGUAGUAUAUUCAUGGAAUUUCCUUGGAGCAAAUAGCAAGAAUGCCCCACCAGGCAUUCUGUACGCUUGAUUAAUCAUUGAGAAUUACGUUUCGUUGAAAACACUCAAUGAUGUAGAAAAGUAGAAUUUUAUGAAAAUUUGACACAAUUGUUGGUUAGCACUGGCGGGAAAAAGAAAUAAGAAGCGACGUCUGCGGAAACCAACGAGAUAUUGCCAUUAUUUUAAAAAUAAUAGCUAGAAUACUACUAUUAAUAACUGAGUAAAUGAAUAGUUUAACGAUAUUCUAGUUUAGGACUAAAUUUGAGUUACGUUGACUGCAAAUAUAUAGGUGAAAUUAAUUAUUUUAGAAUUUUUAAUACAUACAUAAUUUUAUUAUGUAUACGUGCAUAUGUGAUAAUUUUUUCUUCACGAUGAAUCCUAUAUUUUUUUGGUUCAAACAAGGGAUAUAAACAAAAAUUGCAUUGAGAAUGCAUUAGGAAAUAUAAAAAAUCAACAAAGUAUGUAAAAUGAAAACUCAAAUCAGAUUUAUGGGAACUAUUAAUAUAAGGAAAUCUCCAAUCGUGUGCUAAAAUUAUUGAAAAAUUAGAAAAGUUUACGCUAUAUAUACCAUAUAUGUUCUAAUUAAGUACGAAGGAAAACUAAAAUGUAGGAGUACUAUUAUUAUCUAUAUACAAACUGCAAUAACUAUUGUGAAUUGCAUAGCGAUAGACAAAAAGGAUAAUUGCAGAUAUUCCAAAAAACUUGUAAAAAAAACGCAUAUAAGACUUGGAAUGAGAACGAUCAAAAUCUACGAAUAAACAACUGUAUCAUAAAAAUACUCUUUUAGAUAGUGCAUAUUCAUAAAUUAUUUUUAUACUACAUACCAAUACCAACCAAACAUUAUGAUGACAACCGUUUACGAACAAAAUCAAAUUGAUUGACCCUAGUGCAGUAUUAUUCAUGUCAGAGAGUUUUAUGUGAAACAAAAAAUACUAACAUGUGUAAAUUUAUCUGCAAUUGUUCAGAAAGUAAUGCAAGAAUGCACGAAAGUGAAAUGAGAAACUAUUAAGUAUAUUCUCAAUAGAAUGGAGAUAUAUUCUAAAUAAAAUGAAAGAUACUGGUAGAAAUAUAUGUAGAGUAUGAAAUAAUGUCUAGCGAUAUUUCAUUUUUUAUUGUUUCACAUUCUAUAUUAUAUGGUGAAAUUUUAAAAAAUCAAGUCUACAAAUAUGUAAAAAUGGAAAAUAUUUUGUAAUAAAAUACCGUAAGAAAAUA